ACGCAAGCUCCGCGAGAGAGGUUCCGGUCCUGCCUGGGCUUGGAGGAGACAGAAUGGAGACCGCGAUCGAAGAUCCGGGGCUGGACCGCGGCCCGACGCUGACCUCGUCCUGGGAUGCGGCGUGCGGGGCGCUGACCCAAAGCCUCCUCCUUACCCGGAUUGGGCCAGGUGCCCAAGACUUGAACUUCGAGCCGCUGCUGGCCCCGCCAGCUCCGGGCCCUCCUGAUCUGGUGAGUCUGAAGAACAGCCUGAGCCCUCAAGAUGAAAAUCCCUGCUUCCUUUACCUGAAGUGUGGACCUAAUGGGGGUGAAGAAAUCCUUUCUGUUGGCAUUCUGAGUUCAGCAAGAAACAUGGAAGUAUACUUAGGAGAGGAGUAUUGUGGAACCAGUCGGGGCAAGAAUGUCUGCACUGUCCUGGAUGACAGUGAACAUGAAAAGAUUCUGUUGUACAAAAAAUACCUAAAAUUGGAAUCUCCCACACAUGCUUGUAAAAUAAAGCUGCUGUCCUUCGGUGAAAAGCAGUGUGUGCUCAUCAGUAAAGUUGUGGUGCACGUGAGACCAAGGUCAGCCAGUCCUUCACCAAGCUCUUCUGCUCUAGGAUCACGGAUAGAUCUCGACAAUAUCCAAACCAUAAUGGAGUCCAUGGGGUCAAAGUUAUCUCCUGGAGCCCAGCAGCUGAUGAACAUGAUUAGGUUUCAGCAGCAGAAAUGUCUUCCCAUUGGAGAUGAGCUUCAGUCGGUGUUGGGAACCACAGGAUACAAGCAUCUGAUCGCACUGCAGUCUUCGCCUUCUUCAGGAGUCUUAGAUAAGACGUCCUCUACACCGUUUCCCUUUAGAACUGGAUUGACACCUUCAGCCAUCUCUGAAAAUUUAAAGGCUCUUAUUGAUAAAAGCACACAGCCGCCUGGAGAAGGAAAUACCACAAACCACGAUGAGUGUCACCUUGUACCACAAAACCAUUCCCUUCUUGAAAGUGAUCUUAAAAACGCAGUGUCUUCUUUCUUACCAAAGAAGGCAAGUGGCAACUCAAGCGCGCCCAACUCUGAGCUGCUGCCUUUCCUGCAGAAUUUAUGUAGUCAGGUGAACCAUCUCCGUGUGGGACAUAACGCCAGGUGGCAAGAAAACGUCUCCAAGCCCCGAGAGAGCCUCGUCGGUGUUUCGAUGGAAGAGCAGCCUAUUUGCUCCUACUUGGAAAAGAUUCUUUCUAAAAACAUGGAACUGAUGGAAAAGAAGCUUAUGGACCACAUUGAUGAGAGGAUCUACCAGCUCCAGGAGCACAUAGAUGCUAAAAUGGCUUUGUUAGUGGACUUGCUGCGAAAUCCCAACUCCCCACCCCCAGGGAUGCCUCUAAGACACUAUGACUCCAGGGAAAGACUUUCCAAUGGAGAGAGAUAAGCUAUUGACAUGCACAAUUAUUGCAGAUAUUUAUUACAUAUUUAUUACAAAGCCCAAAUCCAAAAAGGUUAUGGAAAUCAAGUCUUGAAUGUCCUUUGAAGGAUCGUUGUCUUACAUGGUGACCUCAGUGCUCAUUUUCAUGGCAUUUGUUACUGUACAUCCAGGUCUGUGCACAACAGCCACCCUGAUGCAGUCCUAAGUUAUUUUGCUUGCCAUAGUUCAUUCUUACAGAAGUGUGUACUUGUAUUGCUCAAGUGUUUGGGAUAUGUAAGAACUUCAAAUGCAAUUCAUUAGUCUGUAUUGUAUAUUACAUAUGUUUGAAGUGAAUUUUUUAUUUAUACAGAUACCUACCUAUAAAAUAUAGUCUCAGGAGUAUGAAAAGUAA